AUGGAUUGGUCUCCAUACGACGCCUCCUCGAACGCUUCCAGUACGCCUGUCUACGGUCAGAGUGCCGGAGAUCUGCAUUACCCUUAUGGGUCCAUAGCUCAUCAGUAUCGUCCCUCGCUGGCGACAGAGUCAUCGAUGUUCUCCAAUAACCAAUUUCCGUCCAAUACCCUCAUGCAACACCCCUCCACACCAGUCCAUCCCAGCUACUCCACGUAUUUUACCCAAGCGCAUGCCGACUUCAAUCCGCCCAAUCAGAACACGGUACACCAUCCCUCGAUUGGGAACAAUAGACCUGGUCAGACCUCAACCAUGGGCUAUCUCAGCUCUGGAUAUAGUACUAUGUGUUCCACACCAUCGGCAUUGGGAGUAUCCACCCCCGCUAUACAAGCCACCCCCGAACCAGGUGUGAGUAGACGUAAAGUCCAGACUCUCUGUGGCGGUGGACGACCACUCAAACGGAAACACUCGGAACUUCACCGCACGUACCAAUGCAACUGGAAAGACUGCAAAUACCGCGGCGUCUUCUCCCGUAAGGGAGUCCUUAUGCGUCAUAUAGAAACGCAGCAUGUCGCACCACGCUCAUUCGACUGCCCAGUCUGUGGCCAGCUAUUCUGUCGACGGGAUAACAUGACCGAGCACCUAGGAAGAGUUCAUCUGAAGCGAGCCUAA